AUGUUGUUUGAAGGACCUCUGCCAUCCUGUUUGACGUUGCAGGGCUCCUUGCGAGCAUUCCACCUUGACAAUGAGCCCGCACUCAACGCGUCUCAUUACCAGAAACCCUGCGUUCGCCGAGGAGAAGGGGCAUCAUGCAAUUAUCAGAAAUUCGCAGGAGGCCCAGGGAUAAGGCAGGAACAGAGUGCCGAGACUCAAGCGCGGCUUCGUCACCUUGAGCAACUCGUGCAAAGUCUUGCGUCCCAGCCGCUUGGCCACGCCAGCCGUCCACCUGGAACAUCAGCCGGCUCUCCGCCAGCUCCUCCGCAGACCUACCAGCCAAGCCCGCAGGAUGGCACAAACAUGACCAAUGAUUUCGUCUACAGUGGCUCAACUCAUUGGUCAGCCAUGCUUGAAGACAUCCAGGAAUUGAGAAUGACUCUACCCAUAGAAGAUGACCACACAGACGAUUUAUCAACCGAGGGCCUUGACGGGGCCGGCGUCGAUAUAAUCUUCGGAUCUACGCCAUCAUUACCUCUGGAACAUGUUCUGGCCCGAUUCUUGCCCCAACGGACCGAGGUGGACCGAAUGGUCUCUGCCUACUUCCGAGCUCAGGCUGUAGCAGCCCCCUUCAUCCAUGCAACUCAAUUCCGUAGAUUCUAUCAGCAGUUUUGGGAAAAUCCAUUGCACGCACCGCCUUUGUGGAUAUCAAUACUGUUCUCAGUCUGCCAUAUCGCAGCCAGCACAUUACGGCCCAGCACGACGGAGGAAGUUGAGAAAAUUCGAUUCUCCGUCGCGGCUGCGCAUUGCCUUGCCAUCGGACAGUAUUUCCGCCCAAGGCGAUUCGCUAUAGAGUCACUCUUGCUCUUCGCCCAAGCAGAGUGUCUAACAACGACUGCGCUGUCAUCUGACAUUGGUGCAAUACUAGGCCUUCUUGUUCGCCUUGCUACCAGCAUGGGCUACCACCGAGACCCGGAACCCUUGCGCAUCUCGCCCUUUGAGAAAGAAAUGCGACGACGGCUUCCAAGUGGCGUCCAGUUCCCAACGUGGGACACAAAAAUCCCACGGGUUUUACAAGACUCCGACUUUGAUGAGACUUCGACUGAGCUACCCCCGUCUAGACCUGAAUUAGAGGGCUCUCACUUGAUAUUCUACAACACCAAGCAUAAGUUCAUGGUGGUCUUCGAAAAGAUUCUACGGCACACGUUAUCCACGCAACCCAACGAAUCUGAAGUCACCGCACUGGACUCUGAAAUGCGAGCUGAGUAUGCUGUCUUGCCGGAAUUCCUUCGUCCGCGCCCUAUGUCAGACUCUGUCGUGGAUCCGGCAAAUCUCAUUGUCACACGGCUUUGCGUGUCGUUCCUCUACUAUAAAUGCCUAUGUGUUCUGCACCGCCCCUAUGUCAUACUUCAGCGAAAAGAAAGCAUCAUGGUAUGUUAUGAUGCAUCAUCGAGUUUGGUCCGAGAUUUCGUGGACGCAUAUUACGAGUUCAAGCCGGGCGGCCAAGCCGAGACAGAAAGAUGGUUCUUGAGCAGUAUUACAUGGCACGACUUCCUCUUUGGCAUGAUGGCACUGUGUCUGGUUGUCUGCACAACAAGUCAUGAGAGCGCCGCCUCGAUCACCGAUAUCGAUACCACCUUAGCCUUGUUAACGAGGGCUCGCGACCUAUGUAUCGAACAAGAAUCCAAUAGGCAUAAAGACACAAGACGGGUGAUCUCCCUUGUCGACGCCAUGAUAUACCGAUUUGGGACUGCGAACAGCCUUCCUGUUGGUCUGUCAACAGCGGCCUCUAGUGCGCAGUCGGCGUGGCCUAUGGAAGCAGAUGAGUCUACUGCGUACGCAGCAUUAUGGGGUGGAACAGAGAACGGUGAAGAGGCCUUGACAGGGUUGGCUCAGGACCCUUCCUGGGACUACUUUGAGCAGUUCCUGGAACUAGACAUGACAUCAAAUUUGUCUUGGUAA